AUGGAAGGCAUGAAUUUGUCAACCAUUUCUGAAGAUUUGAGCACCUGGUUAGAAAGGGACAUUGAUGAGAAAGAAUGUGUAGAAUCUAUGAAGAGUGUUGGACAAAAUAAAUCUCCAGGUCCUUAUGGAUUCCCUGAGAAAUCCUUUAUUGAUUGGAGAUUGAAAAUUACUUUCAUUGCUUUAGUCCCCAAAAUAGAUUCUAUUGAGGAAAUAAAAGACCCGAGACCAAUUAGUCUCAUUCAUGGGGCUUAUAAAAUUGUCUCUGAAAUUCUUGCUGAAAGAUUCAAGCAGAAUUUUCCUAUUAUCAUUUCUCAGCAUCAAACUGUUGUUGUCAAGAAGAGACAAAUCCUUGAUGGAUUUUUAAUAGCUAAUGAGCUUAUUGAUUCAAGACUCAGAAGUGGCAAGCCAGUGGGAAAAGCUCUCACUUUUAUGAUUAGAACGGCUCAGGAGCAGGGUAUUCUUUCGAGUUUUCAAGUUAAGGGUGGUGGUUUUCUUGUUAGUUAUUUGCAGUUUGCAGAUGACACUCUCAUCUUUCUUGAUGCAGAUAUUGAGAAAGUAAAGAAUUUAAGACUUAUCCUUCUUUCUUUUGAGAUGCUUACAGGUUUAAAAAUCAAUUUUGCUAAAAGCCAGAUAUCUGGUGUGGGUUAUGAUGGUGAUCUAAAUGUUUUUUGUUCUCUUCUUGGUUGUCACAAUGGUGUUUCGCCUAUUAUUUAUCUUGGUAUUCCUUUGGGUGAUAAGUGUGGUGGUGUGGCUAAAUGGGACAAAGUGGUGGAUAAGUUCAUAGCAAGAUUUCAUGGCUGGAAAAAAACCCUCUUCUUUAGAGCUGGUAAGAUCACUCUAAUUAACAAUGUGUUUUCUAGUCUUCCAGUUUACUACAUGUCACUAAACAACUUCUCAUCUACUACUAUGAUUUUUGCCAAAAAGGAAAGAAACAACAGAGUUUUCAAUGACUCUCAAAAUUCUGCUGUUGCAGGAAAUGAGGCAGUUUAUGUUCUCUUCACUUGGUCCCUUGCUUUCAAGGAGCUUGAAGAGAUUGACUCAAAGGAAGUGAUGAAACAAUGGUGUAAAAUCUAUUUUGACAUUGUUUAA